AUGAAGUUCUUCACCGCCUUCGCCGCCGGCUUGGCCCUCAUCUCAUCGGCACUCGCAGCGCCCUCCUCUUCCUCAUCCAGCACCAGUAGUCAUGGUCACAUCGAAGCCCGCGCCGGCGAGUGCCCGUCUGUCGAAACGAUCCAGGAGUGGCUUCGUGGGAACACCGGGAUUGGCGAGCGUAGCGUUUUCUACACCGGCUCGGCCAGCAACGAGCAGGCUAAGAACUACGCCGCCAAGGUUGGGGGCCAGUACUGGGGCAGUCUCUUCCCACAAGACAAGUUUUUCGAUUGGAUCGAUGAGUGUGGUACCGGUCCAGAGCAGGACAAGCUCGUCCCUCGGAUGGCGGAGGCGAUGGCCAAGGAGUCGUACGGAGAGGCCUUUGUCUUGCUGCCAAAGAAUGAGCCGGUUAACACGGGCAAGAUCUGGAUGACGACUGAGUACCCUAACCUCAGGGGACGUGUUCAAGUUACUGCUGUUAAUUCGAAGAACCCGGACGAGACCCAGCCGAAUUGGUCUCCUGAUAGCGACUGGAACCGCCCGCCUGCACCCGAGCCGGCUCACCCUCAGCCUCCUACGCCUCCUACGCCUCCCCAGCCUCCCCGCCGUCGUUCCCAGGUCGUUCACUUCUAA